CCCGGAUUUGUGCGAUCAAAAAGUUCCUGCGAGCUUUGCGCUUUCCAGCCGGAGGGAGCGUCGGCUGCAAACGAAUUAUUCCUUCCAGGAGGGGGCAGCGGCGCCGCUGCAUGGAAACUAAAAGCGAAUUCAGACGAGCUCAGUGACGCCGGAAGCUGGAAGCGUGACCGCCGCUCUGAACUUGCGGCUCCCAGAAACUGCGCGCCGCCAGUUCAAGCAGGUGUUCUCCAGGUCCUUAUGGCAACUCAGGCCGAUGAGUUUUUGAAAGAAUACGAUGUCAUCUCUGAUGAAGAUAUUGAACAGAUUAAGGAUGCUCUUGAAGAAGGAAGAAUGGACAAAGCAAUUUCCACAAUUGUGGAAAACCUUCAGGAUCUGAAGAACACCUGCUUGAACAUAGCAGUAACAGGAGAAUCUGGCUCAGGGAAGUCCUCCUUUGUCAAUGCCAUUCGAGGGCUAGGAGAUGAGGAAGCCGGCUCUGCCCCCACCGGGAUAGUGGAGACCACAAAGAAGCCCACCCCUUACUCACACCCCAAGUACUCCAGUGUCACCAUAUGGGAUCUACCUGGAGUUGGAACACCAGCAUUCAAUGCCAGCACUUACCUGGAGCAGGUGGAAUUCUCCCGCUACGACUUCUUCAUCCUCAUUGCCUCAGAACGCUUCAAAGCCACCCAUGCCCAGUUGGCACAGGAAAUCCGUCGCCUGGACAAGCAUUUCUAUUUUGUGCGCUCCAAAGUGGAUGCAGACCUAGAGGCCUCCAGAAAACGUCGGCCACAAACUUACGAUGAGGAGGCCAUACUGGAACAGAUCCAAGAAGACUGCCAGAAGUGCUUACUGGAUGAGGGAGUACCCAAUUCCAGAGUUUUCCUCCUUUCCAGCUGGGAGUUAGACAAAUAUGACUUCAAGAAGCUGGAGGAAACCUUGGAAAAGGAAUUGCCAAAACAUAAGAGACAUUGUUUUCUCCUUGCCCUGCCAAACAUCUCUCUAUACAUCCUGCAGAAAAAGAAGGUGGCUUUACAGAAACAGAUCUGGAAGCUGGCUAUUGUCUCCUGUGGAGUGGCUGCUGUGCCCAUCCCAGGCCUCUCAGUAUGCUGUGAUGUAGCCAUCCUGCAUUACCACCUCUCAAAAUACCGCAACAGCUUUGGUCUAGAUGAGGAAUCUCUCAUUAGGUUGGCUAAGAAGGUCAACAAACCUGUGGAGGAGAUCAAAGGGGUAAUAAAGUCGCCAUUUGCUAAAGAGGUCUCCAAAGACUUAGUUAUAAAGCUGCUCACCAAGGCUGGUGGUGGAGCACUAAUGUUUCUAGAGUACUUGGUCAGCACAGUGCCCAUAUUUGGCUCCAUGGCAGCUGGGGGGAUCUCCUUUGGAACUACCUACUACAUGCUCUGGAGCUGCCUGAAUGAAGUAGCCAAUGAUGCUCAAAAUCUUUUCAUCAAAGCCUUUGAGUCUGACGUCUGAAGGAAUUCUUCGGACCUUAUGGAGCAAAUUGGGAAUGAAUGCUCAGUUUUAAAAUAAUGUUAAGUGUACUGAAUUGGAUACUGUAUUUUCACAAGCUCACAACUAAAUUCACCAACUGGAACAGAAAGAAAAAGACGUAAAACACAAAACUUAGCCUUUUUCAAUCACUUCCUUUUUGUGAUAGCUGAGAGGUGGGGAAGAAAGUUCUUUACUGCAAAAUGCCACCAUUGCAAAAACUAUGCUUCCCGUUGUCCCUUGGGGAAAGACAAAUAAGGGUGAAGUUCAUUUGAAUUUGUAAAGUAUAAAUUGCCCUGUAUUUGGGAUUUCCUGUAUUUGACACAUUCGGUAACUGAAUUUGACCAGAGGCCUUCUUGAAAUGGCCUACUUUUUAAACUGUAAAAUUAAACUUCCUUAAAACUAGACUUGUCCUAAUUAAUUUUAAUUAAAGCUGGAGUAAUUUAUCAAGUGACAGGUUGGUGUUAAUAAUGAUGCUUCAGAUUUCCCAAAGAUCUGGAUGGCCCUAGGUUAGAUUGAAAGUAUUGUUUCAUGAUCAUAGUGAAUUUUAAAGCUGCUUUCAUUCAAUUGUUCAAAAGUAAAGGGACAAACAGUCAAGAAAUAUGCCACAGACUAGCACUUGGUAGACCAGCCAUGAAAGCCUUGGGAAAGAUAUUCAGAUGCUGUGAUGUGCCUAUACCUACAAAGAUCAGAACUGCACAAGCCAUGGUAUUCCCUGUGACACCCUAUGAAAGCAAAAGCUGGACUUUGAAGAAGCAGGAUAGGAGGAGUAUUGACAUUUUUUAACUCUGGUGUUUGAAAAGGCUCCUGAGAAUAUCAUGGGCAGCCAAGAAAACAAACUGAUGGAUCAUUGAACAAAUCAAUCCGGAGUUCUCACUCAAGGCACAAAUGAAUAGGCUCAAAUUAUCCUACUUCUGACACAUUGUGCAAAGACCCAGCUCUCUGGAAAAGGUGGAAGGAAAGAAAAGAAGAGGAUGACCAGCAGCAAGGGGGAUGGAUUCAGUUACAGUAGCAAUGAGUGCACCCUUGGGAGGCCUGAAAGACCAGGCUGGGGACAGAUCAUCAUGGAGAAAAUACGUGGUUGCUAGGAGUCAACGACAACUUGAUGGCACAUAACCCAAAACAAACAAACAUUCAAUUGUUCUUGAAUUUUUCUUCUAUAAUGAUACAUGCUGCUCAGAGUCACAUUUGUGUGUGUGGGGUGGCCAUAUAAAUUCCUUAAAGAAAGAAAUGAAUAUUUUGUAUGUGUGAAUGGUUGGAACCUUUUAUGGUUGAACCUGCAGAAUAGCAUCUAAUCAUUCAAAAGUCACUCUUUCACUUCUAAUGUGAGAAUGCUAGCUUGUUUGCUUUUUUAAUUCCCAGAAAGUUUUUACGUUAAAUAGCAAAUACAGUUUUUAAAACAGCAAGUUUGAAUGAAAAGGAAAUUCCUGUUUCUUUUACUUCUUUCAGCUGUAGGUUGAUUCCAGAGAUAUUAACUCAGAAAUUUAAAAAUAUUGGUUCCUUGCCAAUAAAAGACUUGGUUAACCUUUA